AGGAGUGGCGGGUGGCGCUUGUGGAGUCGGGCUGAGACUAGCGGCUACUGCCGGAUGAGGCUAGGGUCAGCCCGGGUUUCAGCUUUCUCGUGAGGGUAGACAGACGUGACGGGAGGGAGGGAGAGGCGGGACGGCGGGCGGACGCCCUGGCUGAGCAGACGGAUGGGCUCCAUGGCUUGGCGUGGGCUCCUAGAAGGCAGCGGCGCCGAGGGCUCCUCCGCCACCGCGAGUAGCGGCGCUGGGUUCCCUUGAGAGGCGCCUUCCCGCUUGAAGGGAGGAGGAACUGACUAUCGCCUGGCAGGCCGGAGGAGAGAGGAGCCCGCGGGGGCCUCUGGGUCUCUUUUCUCCCUAACGGGCGCGCCGGGGAUUGGAGUUGGCGGCGGCGGCGGCGGCGCCUCUGCCUCUAUGAUGAAGUUCAAGCCGAAUCAGACGCGGACCUACGACCGGGAGGGCUUUAAGAAGCGGGCGGCGUGCUUGUGCUUCCGCAGCGAGAGGGAGGACGAGGUUCUGUUAGUAAGCAGUAGCCGGUAUCCAGAUCAGUGGAUUGUUCCAGGUGGAGGAAUGGAACCAGAAGAAGAACCAGGUGGUGCUGCAGUCAGAGAAGUCUAUGAAGAGGCUGGAGUGAAGGGAAAACUUGGCAGAUUGCUGGGAAUAUUUGAGCAGAAUCAAGACCGGAAGCAUAGAACCUAUGUUUAUGUUCUUACAGUGACUGAAAUCCUGGAAGACUGGGAAGAUUCAGUUAAUAUAGGCAGGAAAAGAGAGUGGUUUAAAGUUGAGGAUGCUAUCAAGGUCCUUCAGUGUCACAAGCCUGUCCAUGCAGAGUACUUGGAAAAACUGAAAUUAGGGUGUUCACCAACCAAUGGAAAUUCUGUGGUCUCUUCCCAUCCUGGUAACAGUUCUCUUUAUGUUACUUCUACACAGACUUCUGGGCUGCCAUCUACUGUAAGAUAAAAUCUGAUUUACUUUCUUGUAUACCAUCACAAGGAGAAAUGAGUUUGGAUGGUAAUGUGCCAUGUGUAUAGUCAUCAAAACCCUGAGUGUGAAUACUUUGUAUGUUCAGGCCUGUUUUUCUUUUUUAGCAAUUUAUAAUAUUUAAUAAGCCAAAGCCAUACAGGGAAUUAAAGAUGCCUUAAAUGGCCCUUUAAAGUAAAAUAUAGUUAUCUUAAAUAUCUGGUAAAAAUAAGAGUGAAGUUGUAAUUUGGCUUUUGAGUAUAGCUUAAUUUUUCUUCCUUGUAAAUUUCCUGAAAAUCAAACCAUUAGUUUGGGGAAACUUUAGUACAGUAAUUAUUAUUUCCCUACUUCAACAUAGUUAGCUGGAGGAGAAAAGAGGCAGUGGAAAUCAACAGCAAGUGCCUUCUUCUAUUUCAGGAAACUUCCUCCUCCCUAGUAUUUUACAUGAAGAUCCUAACCAGAGCAGUUCAGGUGGACUUGUCUUUGCCCUAAAGACUUCGUACUGCUCUUGCUGACAACAUUUAGCCAAACAGCCAGAUUGCUGAGGUGCAUACAUGCUAACCCCUGUUUAAAAUCUGCUUGUCCUCUUCUUGCUCAAGUCAGUGUUGGCUUCCUUGGCUAUUCCAGUAGCAGGAGAUCCAUCCCUGCUUUUUUCAAAUUGUGUGAGUUGAAUCACUAUUGGGAAGAUAAUUGCUUGAGCAUUAAGAGAAAAGGGAGCAUACACAAAUAAUUUCUGGCCCUGUUUUAAUUUCUGCUACUAAAAACAGACAUGCAGACUCUGUAAACUUAAGUCUCUGAAACCAUUUACACUAAACUUCCCUGUUUCUCUAAAGUCAGAACUGUGGCUGAGGUAAAGAAACUACCUCUAUCAUGAAGACUUGUCUCUUCUCAUUGUUCUAUGUAAGAUAAAUCCACUGUAAAUAAUCCAACUGGUGUAAAGUAAAAAGUAAAUGUAAUGUAAAUAUUGUGUUGCGCACAAAACUAGGUUAUCACCUAGGGUUCUAGUGUCUUAGCAGCUAUGUAACAGGCAGAAAGUUAAAACAGCCAAGUUUUUUUUUCAUAUCACUGUUACCAUCAUCUAAGGAAUCUCUGCUGAAAGCAGUUAAAGGCACAGAUGCCCUUUUGGAGCUGAAGGUGGCAGCACUACGCUACCUUCAACAUUGUUUAAAAUGCUGCUAUAAAUUAAUCCUUGUGCUGUUACAAUUUUGAAGAAAAAUAAUGGUUCCAUUAGCUUUCAGUCUAGAAAAACUGGGGAUAUAAAUAUUGUGCCAUAUAAAUGCAUUUGAACAAGAAACAUCAGUCAUGAGUUACUUUUAAGAGCCAAAAUUCAAAGUAGACUUAAAUAUCUGCCACAGAAUAGAACUUCUGUUUGCAUUUGAAGAAGCAGUAUUGCCUGGAACAGCAGACCAUUUUCAGCUGCUGUGCUUAAAGGGUGUUCUCUAUAUUCCACUUUGUGUAAGUUAAAAAAAAUGCUAAUAGCAUAGACAACUGGCAGAUCUAAUCAAUGUAAAAUCUCACACCUGAUCAAAUUGGGAAAAUUUCUGAUUCCCAACAAGUAUGCAUUUUUCCUGAGAGGAGAACUUCAGCAUUCUCAGUUGGCACUUGGUACCAGAUUCCCAUGUAUUAAUCAUUUAUCUCUAAACAUUUUGAAACUGAUAACUUUUAAACAAAUGAGAAAUGCCACUGGCUCAUUACAAUGAAAAACAAAUUGAUUGGAUUUACAGUUCCCACAACUGGUUUCAUCUCUAUUUUUACUUUUGAAAUUUAAACAAGCCAAUCUUGUAGGAGCUGCAUAAUGCAUGAUUAUUUGGGUUUCUAACACUUACGUAUUGUAUAAAAAUGUACAGCUGUCAAUGCUAACCAAAUCAGAGGUGAUGGCUUAUAAAUAUUCCAGCCUGCUGUGCCACAUACGGUUAAAUAUUUUGGUGUACAGACCUUUUCAGUCUAUGCAACUCAACGAUGAAGACCCUUACUAAAACUGACUUGCAAAAUCUGUCUUGCAACAUAACACUGGAAUGACAAAGAUCCACUAAGCUUUUAGCUAUCUUUGUAACAAUUAUUAGGCAUUGCCAAAUCCAGUCAUUUAAAGGAAUAGGCUGUGCAACAUGCUUGUCAAAGAUGACAGUUACGAUGUUUUCUGCCAAAAUUAAACCAUGGUUAUAUAGUUCCAAUGAGAGGAUCAGAUUUGACAGAUAAAUGGAGGCAUUUGAGAGUACAUUGUGAGAAGCUUUUUGUGGCAUUAGGAACCUGGACUUAAGUUUCUUCUAAGUGGCCUUUGAAUCUGUGCCUGGAUUCGCAUACAUAGGGAUAAGGAUUUAUUUGGAUCAUAUGCCCCAAACUAAUCCAUGUUUUAGAUUUAGUAAGUCUUGGGUUAUGAGUUCAUUACCAGGCAAGUAUAGACUCAGUAUCGUGGAAGCAUGUUACUGUGAAUGGUUAAACUUGGGAACAUGCCAUUGAACUACUGCAAUUUAUGUAAGUAAUAGAGGCUAUUAAAAGUGAAAGUCAUCCUGGAGGGCAGCUGAAAACUAACAAGAUUAUUGUUAAUGUUAGAAAUGAUUGUUCAACAUGCUUCUGAGAAGUAAAAAAUUCUGAAGGAAAAAUACAAUUUAAGUUGUAAACAUUUUGAACUGUGUGCAUGGCUUUCUUUUAAAGACUGGUGUAAGAAUUUUGACUUUUUAUAUCUGAAAUGAACAAAAUAAAAAUUGAAACAACCUA